AAACCUUGUAGCUGAUAACUUUAUGCAAACGUUGACACUUCAGUGACAAUUUUUAUAGGUGUAGUAAAAUUCAUUUCGUAAUUGAACAAGUAGAAUUCUGAUCAUAUAUAAUUAUUAAAUUGUCAAAUGUAUUAUCUGUAAAAUAUUUCCGUAACAUUAUGCAAUAAUGAAUUUUCUACCAAAGUUGAUUUCAAUAAUUUUAUUAUUUUCAUUAGUUUUAUUUGUGGGCAGUGUAGAAUUAACUUUUGAACUGCCAGAUAAUGCCAAAGAAUGUUUCUAUCAAGAGAUAGAAAAAAACACUUCAGCUACUCUUGAAUUUCAAGUAGUGACUGGUGGCCAAUAUGAUAUUGAUGUUAUUUUAGAAGCCCCAAAUAAAGAAAUUAUUUAUCGUCAAGUUAAAACACAGUUUGAUUCUCACACAUUUAAUGCUCAAAUGACAGGAGAAUACAAAGCUUGUUUCAGUAAUGAAUUUUCUACAUUUUCACACAAGUUAGUCUAUAUGGAUUUUCAAGUCGGAGAUGAAUUUGCUGUUCCCGGGUUGGAAGAGCAUGUUACAGCAAUGACUCAGAUGGAGUCUUCGGGUCAAGAAAUACAUAAGAAUUUAGUUCGCAUUGUGGACUAUCAAACUUCUCAUAGAUUACGAGAAGCGCAAGGACGUAAACGAGCAGAAGAUUUGAAUGAAAGAGUUCUUUGGUGGUCAAUUAUGGAAACAGGUGCGAUUCUGAUAACUACUAUCGGACAAGUUUUAGUGCUAAAAAACUUUUUUACUGAUCGUAAACCAUACCAGCGAUUGUAGUAGAAUCUGCCACUUUUAUUUUAUUAAACUAUAAAUUGCGAUUAUAAUUGCGUACUAUAAUUGGUUCAAACAAAACAUAAGUUUUUAAAUUUUCAUAUCUUUUUUGUAGUCGUAGCUGUGUUAUUAAGUUAAAUGUAAUUAUUAUUGAAAUAUAAAUUUCCAAUUAAA